GUGGGACACGUAAAUGCCUGCAUAGGUUUGGCUGAAGUACUGAUCAGUCGGGGCCACAAAGUGGUCUUCGCUGUCGACCAGUCAUAUGCGGGAAAGUUAUCGCCAUUUGGUUUCGUUGAAGAGAUUUUUGCUUCAAAGGAAACCAAAGGCCAAAAGCCGGGAGAAAGUCUGGCCAAAAGUUUACUCGAGUCGGGACUCUUGACGGCCGACACCUCUUAUAAAUCUAUGACACUUUUGAUGAAUUGGCCGUUCUUUCAGGUAAUGCUCGACCAAAUGAGAGCCAAUGAACCACAGCUUAAAGCAAUUAUAGCCAAACAUAAUCCCGAUGUGUAUAUCAUCGAUGACUUCGCCGGCUCUCCGACACUAAUCCACUCAAACAAACCAUGGGUUUUGUUGUGUAGUAGUAAUCCGUUGUGUGUAAUACAUGAUGACAGGACUCCACCCAAUGGUUCCGGCUAUCCUACAAAUGGUGAUCGACAAGAAUGGGUGAAAUUCAGUCAACUCGUAAGGGAUGCUCACAAAACACGAAGUAUUAUGUAUAACGAGUGGAUGAAAGCGGAAGGCUUUCCCCUGAAUACUGAGAACAAAUCGAUGUCAGAUUCACCGCAUCUUAAUAUCUAUGGCUUUCCUGAAGAACUCGAUUACACAGAUAUCAGACCACUUCCUGACAAGUAUUUAAGAGUCGACGCAUUCAUGAGAAGAGGAGAGAAACAAGAGUUUAAAAUUCCCGAUAAAUUCCGUGACAGAGAUGUAGAGAAAAGUAAAUUAAUUUAUUUCUCUUUGGGUUCUAUGGGUUCAGCAAAUCUGGAUUUAAUGAACAGAUUAAUGAUUAUUCUCAGCAAAAGUCAGCACAAGAUUAUUGUCUCGAAGGGAGUUCUCGGAGACACAUAUGAAUUGGCGGACAAUAUGUGGGGCGAGAACUCAGUCCCGCAGACAAAAGUGCUGCCAUUAGUAGAUGUGGUCAUAACACACGGCGGGAACAACUCUGUGACCGAAUCACUCAGUUUCGGGAAACCAAUGAUAAUAAUGCCGUUAUUUGCCGAUCAAUACGAUAACGCACAGAGAGUUCAUGAAAAGGGAUUUGGGAUUAGACUUAAUCCUCACAACUGUUCAGAACAGCAAUUAUUGGAUUCAAUUGAAAAGCUAUUGAAUAACAAAGAAUUGAAACACAAAUUAUCUAUGGCUUCAAAACGUAUGCUUAACUCCGAUAGCCUUCAAAAAGCGGCCGAAAAAAUUGAAAGUCUUGUUAACUUAAAAAUGGGUUGA